ACCAGACAGGCUGUGUGGAUGGACCUUCAACCUGACAUGCCCAACGUGUGUCCAGAACAGGAGCUUGCGAUGGUGGGUCAUCGACAGCCUUGCGUACAGGCCUUCACAAGGAUGGUCAAAGUGUGGAAACAGGGCUGCUCUGCCAAGCGUUGGUGUGUUGGAUAUGAAAGAAGAACUGGCUACUACACUGCUUACAGGCAAGUGUACAAUAUGGAGUUGCAGACUACUUACAAGUGCUGCCCAGGAUGGAACCAGCAAAAUGAGGAGCCGGGGUGUUUGCACCCUGCAUGUGCUAUUGGUGCCUGUUUCAAUGGAGGGAAGUGCGCUGAAGGACUGUCCCAGGUGUGCCAGUGUCCUGAGGGCUUCCAGGGUUCCCGCUGUCAGUACGACGUGAACGAGUGUGUGAGAGGGAAUGGUGGCUGUCAGGAGGAAUGCUGCAAUACCAUUGGCAGCUACUACUGCAAGUGUUCAGGGGGGUACCGGCUUGGCACUGACGGCCUGUCCUGUGAAGAUGUGGACGAGUGUACCGCGGUCAAUGGAGGCUGCCAACAGAGCUGCGUGAACACCCAAAGCUCAUUCUACUGCGAGUGCGAGGCUGGGUAUAGGAUCCAUGCGGACGGUCGCACUUGCAUUACUGUAAAUUCCUGCUCGCUAAACAAUGGCGGAUGUGAAUGGGAGUGCGUGCAGAUCAGCGACGACCAUUACCUGUGCAAAUGCCCAGCAAACUACCAGCUGCAGAGAGAUGGGAAGCAUUGUGAAUUGAAGGAUCCGUGUAGUGAUCAGAAUGGUGGCUGCGAGCACAUCUGCCACAGUGAAGAUGGAACGGCACAAUGUAACUGCAAUCCCGGGUAUCAACUGACGGCAAAUGGGAAAACAUGUGAUGAUAUCGACGAGUGUCUCACGGGAAUUGCAAUGUGUGCUCAUCGCUGUGUCAAUGUUCUGGGAUCGUACAGCUGUGUCUGUAAUCCUGGAUUUGAGAUGGGAGCUGAUGGGAAACAGUGUUACCGCAUUGAGAUGGAGAUUGUAAACAGCUGUGACAAAGAGAAUGGUGGCUGCUCUCACCACUGCGAGCACACAACCUACGGACCGCGCUGCUCUUGUAACCAAGGAUACCUCCUCGACUCGGACUCACGCACGUGCCUAGAUUCAAAUGAGUGUGAGACUCGGGUGGCCUGCUGUGCCCAGGACUGCAGUAAUAAUCCCGGUGGUUAUGAGUGUAGCUGCCGGGCAGGAUACAGGUUGAACAUGGAUGGAUGCAGCUGUGACGAUGUAGAUGAAUGCUCAGCAGACAGUGGUGGCUGUGACCAUCUGUGUAUUAACACAGUCGGAUCAUACUGGUGCACGUGUCCAGGAGGAUACAGGCUGGAGGCCGACAGAAAAAGCUGUUCCCCUCUUGAUGAUGAUGAAGAUGAGGAGCUGGAGGAAGAGAUCGAGCUGGCUAAAUUCCGAGAUCUCUUGUUCAGAACCCCACCACAGCUUCUACACUACAGAACCUCCUUAACACAUCUGUACAAGGAUCUGAGGGACGAACUGCGACUCAUGCACAAAAUCAUCUGCUUGGAUAACACGUUUGGGAACGACUGCAGCCUGAGCUGUGAUGACUGUGUGAAUGGAGGAGUUUGCAACGCUGAAAGCAACGGAUGUGACUGUCCUGGGGGAUGGAGCGGCCUCACCUGUAACCAGACCUGCCCUAAGGGCACCUACGGAAAGGACUGCAACAGCAUCUGCCGGUGUCAGAACGGAGGCUCGUGCGAUGCGGCCACAGGAAGCUGCCGUUGCCCACCUGGGAUUGCCGGAGAGUUUUGUGAAGACGGCUGCCCGAAGGGAUUCUUUGGCAAAAGCUGCAAUAAAAGGUGUAACUGUGGCUGGACCGGCUAUUGCCACCGGCUGUACGGGGCUUGUCUGUGUGACCCUGGGUUGUACGGACGCUUCUGUCAUUUACCCUGCCCAAAGUGGACGUUCGGUCCAGGCUGCUCGCGGGAGUGCCUGUGUGCGCAGACGCACACGGUGGGCUGUGACUCCCAGGACGGCACGUGUCUCUGCAAACCUGGGUUCCAGGGCAACAGCUGCCAGAAAGAGUGUGACCCAGGCUACCAUGGUGUUGGCUGCACGUCCCGGUGUGACUGUGCUGUGGGGGUGUCAUGUAACCGGGAGACGGGCGAGUGCCAGCACCUGUGUCCCCCGGGGCUCCAGGGAGAUCAGUGCCUGCUGCCCUGCAGUUUGGGGACCUUUGGGAUUAACUGCAGGGGGAGCUGUGACUGUGGGGGAGCACCUUGUGACCCAUGGACUGGACAAUGCAUCUGCCCUGCUGGCAAAACUGGCUCAGCCUGUGAACGUGAUUGCCCUUCUGGUCACUGGGGUGUAAACUGCCAGUUCUCCUGCAGUUCCUGUGCUAACGGAGGCAUAUGUAACAAGGAGACGGGGAAGUGUGAUUGUUCUGCGGGAUUCACUGGAACACUGUGUCAGGAUGCUUGCCCAGACGGUUACUAUGGCCAAGGCUGCCACCACCGCUGCCUCUGUACAAACUCCACUCCGUGCAAUGCGACCAGUGGAGCGUGUAUCUGCGCUCCAGGAUGGACAGGGCCAGACUGCACCAGGCCUUGUGCUGUCGGGCGCUGGGGGAACAGCUGCCAGAACGUCUGUGUGUGCAACAACGCUGCUGGGAGCUGCGAUGGCCAGACCGGUCUGUGUGUGUGUGAAGCCGGGUACAUGGGACAACACUGUGAACAGAGAUGUCCGGAUGGAAGCUACGGCUUGAGAUGCGAGUCCUCGUGUCGGUGCCAGAACACAGCGGCCUGCGAUCACGUUAGCGGUGCCUGCACCUGUGCUGCUGGGUGGACAGGAACAUUCUGCGAACGAUCCUGCCCAGAGGGGUUUUAUGGGCUCGACUGUCGGCUGACGUGCAAGUGCAGGAACGGAGCGGGCUGUAACCACGUGAACGGAGAAUGCCACUGUCUGCCCGGCUGGGUAGGACCCCGAUGCAAUCAGCCUUGUGAGGGGCAGAGUUAUGGUGAGCAAUGUGGUCGGCUCUGUGACUGCCGUAACGGAGCCACAUGUCAUCAUGUGAGUGGCCGGUGCCUCUGUGCUCCUGGGUGGACUGGACCAAAGUGUCAAGAGCGCUGCCCAGCAGGGAUGUACGGAAUGAACUGCUUACAGCACUGCAUCUGCAGAAACAAGGCUCCGUGUGAUUCUGUCACUGGAUCCUGCCUUUGUGCCAAAGGCUGGACUGGCAUAGCUUGUGAGCUCGAGUGUGAGGCUGGAUGGUACGGAGAAGGCUGCCAGGAAAGCUGCAGCUGCAGGAACGGAGGCAGCUGUGACCGGCACACAGGACAGUGUAUCUGCAGAGCUGGCUGGAUUGGGAAAACCUGUCAGACAAGUUGCCAGGCUGGAUAUCACGGAGAGGGCUGCGAGGAGAGAUGUGAUUGUGACAAUGCCAUGUCGUGCCACCAUCAGACCGGGGACUGUCACUGCGCUCGAGGCUGGCGGGGCAAGAGAUGUGACAAGCCCUGCCUGCCCGGCUACUAUGGAGACACCUGUGCCCAGAGCUGCGAGUGUCCCGCUGGCAUUGCCUGUAACCACGUGACUGGCGAGUGCGGUUGUCCUGCCGGCUUCACUGGCAACGGCUGUGAGGAAAAUUGUCCCCCAGGUACCUUUGGGCAGAACUGCAAUCACGUGUGCCAGUGUUCAGGUGUGAAUGAGCAGUGCCACACUGCGACCGGGGACUGCACCUGUCUACCUGGUUACCAUGGUGAUCGCUGUGACCUCCGAUGUCCAGAUGGGACGUAUGGGCCUCACUGCCGAGAGAACUGCAAGUGUCAGAAUGGAGGCCGCUGUGACUCAGUGACUGGGACCUGCAGCUGCCCCCCAGGCUUCAUUGGAGCCACCUGCAGUGUUACGUGCCCAGAAGGCUACUAUGGGAGAGAUUGUGCGUUCCUUUGCUCCUGUGGUAAAGGAGGCCAGUGUGUUCCUGUGACAGGCAGGUGUCAGUGUCGCCCUGGUACAACAGGUCACAGCUGCCAGCAAGUUUGCCCAAAGGGAAUGUUUGGUCCCAGCUGUCAGCAGCUCUGUGCCUGUCAGAACAGCGGCCUCUGUAACCCAGAGGAUGGAACGUGCACCUGUGGACUCGGAUGGACUGGUGCUUAUUGUGAGCAAGAGUGUCCUCCUGGGAAAUUUGGAGCCAGCUGCCAGCUGGAGUGUUUGUGUCAGAAUAAUGGGACCUGCAAUCGCUUCACGGGCUGCUGCCUCUGCACGCUUGGCUUCUACGGGCAGCUGUGCGAGCAAGCAUGCCCUCCAGGUUUCCACGGCUUAAACUGCGCUCACUCCUGUGACUGCAAACAGGGGGCUACCUGUGAUCCCGUCUCCGGUCAGUGCAUCUGUCCAUCUGGCUACCAGGGGGAGCAGUGCGAGAGAGCCUGUGACAUCGGACGUUUUGGUGAGAGGUGUCAGCAUCUCUGUCAGUGUGCGGGUGCCAUCCCAUGCCAUCCUCAAACAGGAAGGUGCCUUUGCCCACCGGGUAGAACUGGAGACCAAUGUGACAUUGAUUGUAGGGCAAAUCGGUAUGGACCGAACUGUACUUUAAGCUGUCAGUGCUCCAACAAAGCUUGGUGUAACCCUCACAAUGGAAGUUGUGUGUGUUCCUUCAGUUGGAUGGGACCUACGUGUGAAGAAGGUGGCCCCCCUCAGCCUCUCUCACCCCACAGGCAAUCUGAUUCACAUAAAGACCAUCCGCAGAGGGCUUUCAAUCGCUCAUAGUCCUCUCUGGGCAGCUUUACAGCCAAAAAAAGACUGGAUUUUGUUUACAGCUGAAAGUUACUCAACAAAUCAGAAACCUUUCUGAAUUUGGGAGUAACCAACCUGAAUUUAUCUGCACGUUUACCAGCCAUCUGGGCACACAGUCCGAGAGUCCAAACCUACAUUGUUUGUUCUUGUUGUUUUCUAACAGUUUAAUAUCUCAUGGUCAUUGAAGUAUUUGUUUCCAAAGAAGAAAUGGUAUUCAGAAAGGAGUUUGGUGACUGGUAUCUUGUAAAGUGGUCAGCUUCUGGGAUGUACUGCCUUUUACUUAUAAUAUUUUCAUCAAUAUGAUUCUAAACUGUGAGAAAUGCCACAUAUGAUGGGGAGAUAUGGGGGUAGGGGAGGAGGAAAAAGAAGACAGUUCAGCAAUAGCCAGGCACUGUAAGAAGUUCAUUCUUUUCCAAUGAACUCUCACACUUGGGUGAGGAGUUUCACAUGUUGGAGACUGGAUGAAAUCAAUACAUCAGACACUGGGGCCGUUUGUACAAAGGUAUCAACAUCACUCAAGUCAUUCACUUGAAAUUAUGUUUUCCUUGGCUUGGAUCCAUUCAGCCUUCCUAGUUGCAAUGUAUUGACCCGUUGGUAAAUUUUGAAAUGUUUUCAGAAUGAAGCCAAGAAUGUUACUGCCUUAUACAUUUCAAAGUUAAAUGAUGGAGGACACGCAUAGCUGUCCCAUUGAGGCGAGUAGACAGAUGUAUCCUGUUUAAGACGCCCUGGUCCGGUUCCUAGCUUUUAUUGCAGCACUGAUGUGUGUAUGUGUUGCCUAACGUUCAAGUUCCAUUGCACAAAGCUUAGCCUUUGCAGUGGCAGAUUUGGCUAGUUGUUGUUGUUGUUGAGGUGGUGGGGAAGGUUAGAAGCAGAAAGUGAACCUGCAGCCACUUUGUCCAGACUCACUGGAACUCUCUUCUGGAUUCCAUUCACAUUGCUCUCUCUCCCCCCACACAUUUUCAAAACUAUUUUACAAACAUAUUUGUCCGAUUGUGGAUAUGUUUAACACCCUCAGAUUGUCCUCCUGUCUGCUUGCUGCUCCCCCUUGUCUCGGUGAAGCACUUCUUGAUGUUCAACCUACAUCUAGAUCUGCUGGCGUGGGAGAGCAGUUUGCAGAGCGAGAGUCUGACUCCAGUCUCUGAAUGCAUUGAGCUGCUGAGAUGCUGUCUCACCAAGAGAAGCCUGGUCAAUUUCUGCACUGUUUCAAAACUAAACCUCAGCUUGAUGGGAUAGAGGAGUAAAGGAAUGGCAGGUCCCAGAGUUUUGGCCAUUAGCGCUGGAGUGAUUCACCAUUUAGAGGGGUCAAUGUUCAUACACAGAUUCUAUUGACAAGUUUCCUGGAUGAACCUCGCUGUUGUUCUGUCCAUUAGGAAUGGAGCUGACUUUACUGCCACAUCACCUGAGCCCUGGAUUUGCUCAAACACGCUUGAAACACUCUUUGUGAAAUGUGUACAAGAUCUGCCCCAUACCUUCUGUGAAUUUGUAGGUGGGCAAUUGUAACCAUCUUUACUGCAUUUCAGAUAUUUAGUUCAAAUUUGUUCAUGUUGGUAUCAUUAUGGUUUUGGUCAGAAGAAUAGGACCAUCUUGAAACCAAUUUCAAGUUUACCAGGUUAGAUAUUGAGUAUAGGCAUAACGUUCUGUCCAAUUGUAUUGUGCCUAGGACUAUUCUAGCAAGUGAACAUCCAUUCUAUCAAACUGAGGAAGUUUUUAGAGCUCAUCAGAUGAGAGAAUGGUCAGGAGAAGCCACUUCUGAGAUUGGAGCAGAAGCUGGAACUUCACUGUGGACGUAACCCCACUCCAUCCACCUGCCCCAACUCUGCUCUAUCUACCUACUCUGAGAGCUCUUGGUGCUGGUUGAAAUGAGACCCUUUUAUCAGAGGUAACAUACCACAUCUAGAAGACAAACACUUAAUGAAAUCAAAGUUAAUGUCCCAAUGAAUUUAAUUUAAAAAUAUUUAGGACUUAUUGAAGAAAUUUAUUCCUUUAACAUGGGGAAUGUAUAAUGAUAAUGUUUGUAUACCUCUUCUCUCUGUGUAUUCUUAAUUUGGAUGAUGCAAUAUUAGGUAUAAAUAUAACCAGGUUGUAGACUGAUUCUCUGAGCGAGUGCAUGUAUUUGAGUGCAAGUUGUGAAAAUGUUUACUUCAGUUCAAUAGGCUGAGUUACUUGGUUCACACAGGCUUUAGGAUUGUAACAUCAGUCUGCGAGUGAGCAAGGCUGCCUGCUGGAGAGUUCCUGACUCCCAGCCAGGCACAGUGAGUGCUGUGUCUCUUAUCCACACUACCUGAUCUGGGAGUGUUAGACGCAGAGACUGAAUGAUGAAAAUGGGAGAAAUUUUGUCAUUCUCAGCAUGAACAUCCUCACCUAAAGGAACGUACAAUUCACCAUAAAAUCUAGUUUAAAACGAAAGCUGGUACCUCAUGCCAUCGAUCUUCCAGUAAGUCUCAGCCAAGGUGCUCAACUUUAUUGAUCAGUAGAUUGUUGCCGAUUGCUUUUCUGUUCUGUAUGCCUGAGGUUUUUUUAAAAAAAUAGUAUUUUGUAAAAAUGAACGGUACUUGAAAUAUUAACAUAGGAAGUGAGCUUGCUGAGCAGUUUGGUUACAAGACAGAUCGAAGUCCCCACGAGGCAGGAAGAAUCCUCUCUGCGGCACAAGUUAGUCAUUUCAUGUCAAAUGUGACAGAAAAUGAGUAUGUGGACACUUAUCCAAUGUUGGAUUCAAGGAGCCAAACUGGACGAGAAACAAGAGCAAUACUGAUAUCUGCCACGAUAUGCGCACACUUGUAUGUGGUCAACCUUGUGAGCAAUGACGACUUUUCAGUACUGUUCCUAGGCAAGAAAAGAUAAAAUCAGCCACAAGAAAGACAGGAUCUGGCUGGGAUUUGAUGAUUUGCCGGCAAAAUGAUUGAAUAUUCUGCCAACAGUCACCGUCUGACUUCCCUUGUGAAAAUUGGCUGAGAUAAUGGGAGGAGGACAGUCAGUACCCAGGGAACUAUUUCCCAGCAUGAGAAAGGAGGGUUUGAGCAUGCUGUGGGACCUGGGCAACUUUAAGUCUGUUUGAUUUUCAAUGUGCAGUUGUCCAUGGAAAACCUUCUGUAUCACACACUUUCCUGGUGUUGACUGGUGCUAUUAUAAGCAUUUGAUAAAUAAACUGAAG